AUCAGUUUCCACAUGAGAGCAGAGGAGAGUCGUCCCACGGCACACACAGAAACAAGAGGGAACUUCUUUUGUUUCACUCGGCGCUGAGCUGAGCUCCCUCCGUCUCAAACUUGUCGCUCGUGUUUCUCGACGCUAAAAACUUUACAGAGCUACUUCCCUCCCUCCACCCUCCCUUCCCCUUUUCCCUGCAUGCGUAAUUAGUUGGAGAGCGUUUGGAAACUUGUGAUGGCCGUGAAAAAAUCUCACUUUAUUUCUGACACCUGUUGCUGAGGACACCGCGCACACAGCCGUACACAACGGGGAGCGAGUGCUACUGAUUUCAGACUUUGUUUCUACAUUUCUACAUGACAAGUGGGGACUUGUUGGGUACUGACAGGUCCACGGGUCGUCGAAACCUCCGUUAUAGGCUACGCUACUUCCACUCCCCUUAAUCGUCUUUUUCUGACUCAAGGACUUCCGUGCGGUAUUUCUACGUGAAGAUGAUCGAGCAGUUAAAAGAAGGACAUUAAAUGUGUCACUUGGGAGAAUUUGUAUCAGUCUAACACAGUGAGGCUCUGCAGCAGGCUGCUGAGGGAUCGGCCUGAAGGGGGUUCCCUUUCGAUAAAAACACCGACCUGUCUGUAGUUCUCCCAGCCGGACGGAGUCACUUUUUGGACUUGAGCGCUGGUGGAGGGAGACAUUUUUCUUGGAGAGCUGAGCAACAACUUGAUUCGAUCACAGCAGAACAGGUUGGGUGCUGACCAUAGCAGACUUCGGGACAGAAGUGCUUUUCUUCUGCUUCUCCCACCUAUUUUCUCAGACUGCCAGCUGUAAACCCACAGAGCACUUUCCCCAGCACCGGCUGUGUGGCGUUGACGCGGCGGACCAUGGACAACAGGCCUGUGCGGAGAAAAAGUACCGGUGCCGUGCGACAUCUGCUGCUGGCAGCCGUCUUCCUCGCCUGCAGCUCCCAACUGCUGGUGGUGGAUGCCAACUCAUGGUGGUCACUAGCUUUGACCCCGAUCCAGCGGCCAGAGAUGUAUAUCAUUGGAGCUCAGCCUCUCUGCAGUCAGCUGUCUGGUCUCUCCCAGGGCCAGAGGAAGCUGUGCCAGCUGUACCAGGACCACAUGAUCUACAUCGGAGACGGAGCCAAGACGGGCAUCAAGGAGUGCCAGUUCCAGUUCAGACAGAGAAGGUGGAACUGCAGCACUGUGGACAACACAUCAGUGUUUGGGCGUGUCAUGCAGAUUGGUUCCAGGGAAACAGCCUUCACUUACGCCAUUAGCGCAGCCGGUGUGGUCAAUGCCAUCAGCCGAGCAUGCCGCGAGGGCGAGCUCUCCACAUGUGGCUGCAGUCGUGCUGCUCGACCCCGGGAUCUGCCCCGCGACUGGCUGUGGGGCGGCUGCGGCGACAACGUGCAUUAUGGCUACCGAUUUGCCAGGGAGUUCGUGGACGCCAGGGAGAGAGAGAAGAACUAUCCACGUGGUUCUGCCGAGCACGCCAGAACACUGAUGAACCUGCAGAAUAAUGAAGCAGGGAGAAAGGCAGUCUAUAACCUGGCAAAUGUGGCCUGUAAGUGUCACGGCGUCUCAGGGUCCUGCAGUCUGAAGACCUGUUGGCUCCAGCUGGGGGACUUCAGACGUGUUGGAGAAUUCCUGAAGGAGAAGUACGACAGUGCAGCUGCCAUGCGCAUUGGACGCAAGGGCAAGCUGGAGCUGGUAGACAAACGCUUCAACAACCCGACCCCGGAUGAUCUGGUCUACAUCGACACCAGCCCUGACUACUGCCUCCGCAACGAGACCACAGGCUCGAUGGGCACGCUGGGCCGCCUCUGCAACAAAACCUCGGAGGGCAUGGACGGCUGCGAGCUCAUGUGCUGUGGCAGAGGAUACGACCAGUUCAAGACCUACAAGCACGAGCGUUGUCACUGCAAGUUCCACUGGUGCUGCUACGUCAAGUGCAAGCGUUGCACAACCCUCGUGGACCAGUUUGUGUGUAAAUAGUACCCUGACACAUGAUAGACAAUUGGAACAGGCUGAAAAAGGAGGAAAGGGAGAGUAGAUGAAGAGGUGACGAGCUGAUGGAUGGGUGAAGGGUAGAUGCAUUUUCAGGGUUUUGUUCAGGAAAAGUUAAGACACAGAAGUUCCAUUUUCUGACCAAUUUCCUUCUCUCCUCCAUUUAUAAAUCUCCUGCCUUUUUUUACAUGAAGAGCAAAAGCUGCAUAACACCUGCAUGGUCAUUUUAGUUGUGUGUGUGAACAGCACAAUGCUGGGGAAUUGGGAAGAAGAACAGAUGGAUGGGAAGGUGGACACAAGUAGGAAGCAAGGAGGAAUGUGUUUUCUUACACACUUUAUUUUUCAACGGAGAGUCCUGUUUCUCACCCCUCCACUAUCACUUUCUGCUUUCCUGUAUGAUAUCCUGAUCACAACCCUGAAGGAAAGAGGGAUGGACAAAACAAAAUGGAUGUGUCAGGAUAAGUGGACCCUAGAAGUGGACACAUAGUAUAAUUACAAAGAUAUGAGAGAUCAAAUAAAUAUAUAAUUAAAUAAUAAAUAAACAUACAACUCUGAUUGUUAUUUAAAGAAACUCGAACAAACCUCAGACACACUUUGGACCUAUAGAGCGUGUGUGUUCAUGUAUUCUGGAAUCCCACAAAUAAUAGAGUCCUUUUGGACUUUGAAGCCAUUUAAUCACUGACUGUUAAAGCAUUGCUCUCUUUCAAAGAACUUUUGACCUUUAACCCUGCAAGAGAACUUCAUGCAUAUGUGAGUUGUGCCGACAUUGCUCAAACACACUUGCAGUACCGACAGAGAACACAAGAAAUGCAGCAGGCGGAAGAGGAGUCACUUAUUGGGGGUGCAAAACAGAAAGGGGGUGAAUGGAGGGAAAAGGGACAGUGGGAAAAAAUUAAAUAAAAUGACUUUGGGUGAUUAUUUUGCAGGUGACAGUUCCACAAGCCACUUAGCUGAAUUUCCAACUGUAGAUUUCAGUUUAAAAAUGCAAUAAAAACACUUAAUCUUCAAGUCAAAAAGGACUAACAACUUACAAGACACAAUUAUCCAUUUAUCUCCAUGUAACAACGGCUGUUAGAGCAGAUUUCCUUCACCUGUCCUGACAAGUGUGUCUGCGCAGGUAAAUGUAGCUCGCCGGUUGCGACCAUCUCUGCGUCGCGUGGCUGUUUAAACAAGCAGCUCACACGGGCAGCGUCCUUCAUCUGACAGUGAAGUAAGCGAGACCUCCAUUAGUGAGAUUAAUGUGCUGUAUCUGCCUUAAUGAACCCGCACUAAGAGACACUUUCACUGUGAGUGGACCUCUUCAUCACAUGUUGUUAUGUAACUUAAGUCAACAAAAACCCUGUGCUGGGAUUUUUGGCAGUUUUGGCACCAAUUUACCAUUUUAUAAUACUGUUAUACCAUGAAUUUUGCAACUUGUAUGGGUUGGGUUGAGACUAUUUUAAGUGUAUAAUGUAAUCCAAUCAAUAGACGCAGUUGAUAACAACAUGAAGAGGACAAAGUGAGCAGAAGAGGACCGAACAUGCUGUGGAAAAAUGAAUGUGUGCGCGUUAAUAAACAGAGGACUGCAAUUUAUUACGUGCUACUUUUAAAAAAAAAGAGUAGAUCAGAAAAGAAGGUAUAUUUUAUUAUUGUUUUUCAUUUAAUUUGUUUUUUCUGUGUUUUAUACAUGAGCAUUAUAGUGUACUCCUUUGAUAAACUAGUCUUUGACAA